AUGCAGUCACAGGUUGGGGAGGACGAUAGCCUCUUGGUGGAGGCUACGCCAUCAUCUCAAGUUGCUGAAAUUUCCCAAGGCGACGCUGCUGAAAAGCAGGAACCACAGCAGGACCAGCAACCACAGCCGUCAGAGCAACCCGAGUCAAAUGAGGUUGUUAGUGAUGAGCCGACAACGUUAUCCUCGGCAGACCUCACACAGAUAUGGCAGUGGAACAGCACUCUGCCCCCUACAAUAACGGAAUGCACACACCAGACCAUCUCCGCGCGCGCUCGCGAGAAUCCUGAGAAAAUUGCCGUCCAGUCAUGGGAGGGCCAUUUGGCGUACGGAGAGGUGGAGACCUAUUCGACUCGUCUCGCACUGAGGCUCUGUCACUUUGGCGUCAGCGUAGGGACUCGUGUUCCUCUACUCUUUGAAAAGUCCAUGUGGACGGUUGUUGGCGUGUUAGCCAUCAUGAAGGCGGGCGGCACCUUCAUCCUCACAGACCCUAGUCAGCCAGAGGCUAGAUUGCGUACCAUUGCGGAGGAAUCUACGGCCCAGUUCAUCUUGACCUCCAAGAGACAGGAAGAGCUUGGCCGUCGCGUUGCACCUACCGCGGAGCUCUUUGUGGUUCCAAGCGACGACAUUUACCGGAACCAAGCCGCUUUGUCAUCUAUCCACCCGUCCCCGGCCUUGAUUCCCGAUACCAACUCCAAUUUUCCGGAAGACACGCCUGCCGAGCUCCACGACCUACCGGUGGCCGUUUCUUCAUCUCACACACCGCCCCUCUCAUCCCACCAACCGUCCCCUUCAUCGUCCUCCAAAAAUGAAGGCCUCGAAGCCGUGGACGAGAAUCUACAGUCCUUAGACACGACGCCUCCCCAAGAAGCCGCCACGGCGGAGGACCUUGUUCAACCUACCUCUCACACUUCUACUCUCCCUCAACUUGUAACUACCCUGGACGAUGUUGCGACUACGGGUCUGGGAAUUCACUUGCCGGAGCCUCAGCCCGCCGUACAGGAUGGGGGAUCGGACUCACCACAGCAUGCCCCGCUCUCUCCCGUCCCCAACGUGGCUCCUAGGCUUCUGCCCAGUCCUCCUCCAUCUAUCACUGAUAGCUGUACCGUACCGAUCGUGGAUAACGCCCAAGUUUCUCUCCCCGAGGUACCCCCUAGCAGCCCAAUGUACAUCAUUUUCACCUCGGGCAGCACGGGUAAGCCAAAGGGUGUUAUCAUCUCUCACGAGAACUAUGCGAGCGGUGCCGUGCCCAGAGCUGACGCUGUCGGCUACCGCCCUCAUUCUAUUGUAUUUGAUUUUGCCUCCUACGCAUUCGACGUCAGUAUCGACUGCAUGUUGUGCACACUGGCAAAUGGCGGAUGCCUUUCCGUGCCGUCCGAUGCCGAUAGGAUGAACGAUCUCAGCGGUGCCAUCCGAAAGAGCGGAGCGAACAUGGCCCACAUGACUCCUUCCGUAGCCCGUGUCCUCGACUCGGAUAUUAUCCCUUCGUUGGAGGUCCUUGGCCUCGGAGGUGAAGCCGUCUCCGCUAGCGAUGCUGCAACAUGGGGCAAGGACACUAGCGUUGUUAUUGCCUACGGCCCCUCCGAAUGCACUGUCGGUUGUACCGUCAAUAACAAUGUCCAGGUAUCUACCAACAUCGGCUACGGUGUUGGCGGCCUGACCUGGGUCGUGGACCCGGAGGACCACAACAAGCUCGUUGGCGUUGGCGAGGUUGGCGAGCUCCUCGUCGAGGGCCCCGUUGUUGGUGUCGGAUACCUUAAUGACCCUGGGAAAACGUCCGAGGUGUUCAUCAGCGACCCAACAUGGCUUCUCCAGGGUCACGGGGACUUCGAGGGUAGGCAGGGCCGUUUGUACAAGACUGGUGAUCUUGUCAAGUACGACUCGAACGGAACCGGUUCUAUCGCCUUCGUCGGCCGCAAGGAUCAGCAGGUUAAGCUCCGCGGUCAGCGUGUUGAGCUGUCGGAGGUAGAGCACCACUUGCGCAGGCAUCUCCAACAACACGCCCAAAUUGUUGCUGAAGUCAUUUACCCAAGCGGCGGAGAGCCCACUCUUGUGGCCUUCUUGGUAGAGAGCAAGGCCUCUUCCCACACACAGGAUCCCGAAUUCACGGAAUUCUCGGAGGAGGUUUCUACCGCCAUUUCUGAUGCUGAGAUAGAAUUGGAGAAGGAGAUCCCACGUUACAUGAUCCCCUCUACCUUUGUGCCUCUCACUCUUGUGCCUACCCUCGUCUCCGGCAAGACCAACAGGAAGAAGAUUAAGGAAAUUGGGCAAUCCAUGUCCCGUGAACAGCUCGCGAGCAUGAAGCGCCUCCGAAAAUCAAUCGAAAAGCCUCAGACCGAGAUGGAAAUAGCCCUGCAUGGGCUCUGGGUCAAGGUGCUUGGGACCGACGCGGAGAUUGGCCUGCAAGACAGCUUCCUCGCCCUUGGUGGCGACUCUUUGAGGGCAAUGAAGCUGGCUUCGGUUGCCCGAGAAGAGAACUUCGAGCUAACCGUGGACGCGGAUGCCUCGGCACCCGCGGCCCCCUUCUCCAUGAUUGAGAACUGGGAACCGGCUGAGGCCAAGGCUGUUGCCGCCGACAUGUGCGGCGUCUCGGUCGAGGACAUUGAGGAUAUCUACCCCUGUACACCUCUCCAAGAGGCGCUCAUGGCUCUGUCCGCGAAGGUCAGGGAGGCUUAUGUUGCGCAGCGAGUAGUGAAGCUUGAUAGCUUGGACAUGGCUACCAAGUUAGAGGGUGCCUUCAACACCGCUACUCAAGAUUGUGCCAUCUUGAGGACCAGGAUCAUCCAGGUCCCCGAGCACGGCCUAGUCCAGGUCCUUCUCAACAAGGGAAUUGAGUGGUAUCGUGGCAGCGAUGCCAACGAGUAUCUCGUCCAAGACCGAGAUGAGGCCAUGGGGCUUGGUAAGGCGCUCGUGCGAUACGCGAUGAUUUACGAUGAGGCCGCUGGCACACACGAGUUCGUCCUAACUAUGCACCACGCCUUGUAUGAUGGUUGGUCCAUGCCCCUGGUUGUUGAUCGCAUCAACCGCGCUUACAAGGACGAGCCUGCGAGCGCCUCACCUCACUUCCGCGAGUUUAUCAAGUACCUCAAGGACCUUGACCGUGAAGGUGGCGAGCGCUACUGGAGAGAGAAGCUCGAGGGAGCCACUGGCCCGCAAUUCCCCAUGCUUCCUUGGCCUUCAUACCAGCCCCAAGCCGAGUCCCUUCUUGAGCACUACGUCCCUAUUGACCGACAUGCUAACUGCACGGCAACGGUUGCGACGGUACUCAGGGGUGCUUGGGCUCUUGUUGCAUCCGAGUAUACGGCUUCCCGGGACGUCGUCUUUGGUGAGACCUUGACGGGCCGAAAUGCACCUAUUGCCGGAGCCGAGUUAAUUGAAGGCCCCAUGAUCACCACGGUUCCCAUCCGCGUUCACGUGGAUUUGAACGAGUCUGUGGGCGAGUACUUGGACAGUAUUCAGAGCAACACCGCCCAGCAGAUCCCCCACGAGCAUAUUGGACUGCAGCAUAUCCGCCGCUUAAGUCCCGAUGCCCUCCAAGCCUGCGAGCUCCGAACCGGCAUCGUUCUGCACCCCACGGCGGACCCCGACCAGAUCAACCCUGAUGCGGACCUCCCUGCCAGCCGGCUGGUACCCGCCGGUGACGAAGAGGCAGCACAGGAGGCUCUCAAGUUUAAUACAUACGCCCUUAUGCUCGUUUGCUCUCUUGACCCCAAGGGGUUCUUGAUCAUGGCAAGCUUUGACUCCAAGACUGUUGACGUCAAGACCAUGGACAAGGCUCUCCAUCAGCUUGGUCACGUCGUUCAACAGCUCUGCCAGGAACCGGAAAAGGCCCUUGGCGACAUCGAAUUCUUGGCCGACAGGGAGUUCCCGGGCGCCAACGCCAUCUGGGUCGUCGAUCUUGCUAACCCUGACCGCUUGGUUCCCCGCGGCGCCCUCGGAGAGCUCGUUGUGCAAACCACCAAGGAGCUUUCCCUUGAGCGGCUGGAAGCACCCGAGUGGGCCAAGACCCAGCAGCUUCCUGAGGUGACGCAGAACCUCUACAAGACUGGACGACUUGCGUCAUUUACUUCAGAAGGAACCCUUCAACUCAAGGGACUCAAGAGCCAACUCCCUUCCAACCACGUCGUUGCCAAGGCACGUUCCAAGACGGUUUCGGCGACCUCGAGUAAGCAAAAGGCUCUCAGGACACUCUGGUCGCGCGUUCUCCAGAUGGAGGAGGAGAGUAUCAGUCUAGGCGACAGCUUCUUCCAGCUCGGCGGCGACUCUAUCUCGGCGAUGAAGCUUGUCUCGGAGGCUAGAAAUGCUGGCUGGACGCUCACGGUGGCAAAGGUUUUCCAGAACCGAACGUUGUAUGACAUGGCCAAGGUUCUCGAGGAGCUCGAUUCCAAGCCCGUGAUGAACGAAGUCGCGAAACCCUUCUCCCUCGUGGAGGGGUUCAAUGCGGAUAACUCGGCUGCGGUCCUGGUCAACUCCCUAGAAAACCCGAGGUGGAAGGUGGUUGACGUGCUGCCCGUGCGGCCUCUGCAAGCCGUUGCCAUUGACGGCACUAUUCGCAUCCCCGCUUCUCGGCGCGAACUCGUAACCAUGAACGAGAUCUUGCGCACUGUUUUCGUGAAGCACCAGGAAGAAUACCUUGGUGUCGUGCUCGAGGAUCUCCCCACCCCUGUUGUCCAGUACCAUAUCGACCAAGGCCUCGAAGGCUUCACACGCAACCUUUGCGAUCUCGAUGUCCAGACCAGCAUGCCUCUAGGUUCCGCAUUCGUCAAGUGGUUCCAUGUGCAGGAGGUUGGCGGUAGGAGCUGCCUAAUCUUCCGAAUCUCCCACUCGCAGUAUGAUGAGAUCUGCCUGCCUCUGUUGUUGAAGCAGCUUUCCGCCAUCUACGAGAAGCGGACGGUACCCACUAGUCUCCCCUUCUCGUCGUACGUGCAACACGUCGUCCGGCGAAGCAUCCCCGAGUCAAUCGGAUACUGGAAGGAGCUCCUCGAGGGCUCUUCCAUGACCAUGUUCCGGCCCGACAUUCCCGUCACAAAUGCAGACCACUAUGCCAUUGAGAGGACCUUUGAUAUUUCGGCCCGCUCGAUGGAUACCACAGUCGCAACCAUCCCCACCGCGGUGUGGGCCCUCACUCUUGCCCGCCGCGCCAAGCUUGCCGAUGUCACUUUCGGAGAGGUUGUGAGCGGUCGUAACAUUGAUUUCCACCACGCCAACACCGUCAUGGGCCCUUGCUGGCAGUACGCGCCUGUGCGUGUCAAGUUUGACCCGAGCUGGACCGGAGCCGACCUCCUCCUCCACGUGCAGGACCAGCAUAUUGCAGGCUCCGCGUUCGAAGCCAUGGGUCUGCCCGAAAUCGUCAAGAACUGCACAAACUGGCCAAGUGAUAUCACCUGGUACGACACGGUGGUGCACCAGGAUGUGGAUCACGUGACAGAGCUCCCAUUCGAGGAGACGACGUGCCAAAUGGAGACGUAUUAUGCUCAAGCUGAACCUCUCCGCGAAUGGAAGAUCCAGGCGUUUGUCAAGGGUGACGAGCUGACGAUUGAGAUUGUGACGGUCGAGUCCUGGAGGGAUGUCGCCCAUGAACUUCUCGGAGAGAUUGGCGAUGUGUUGAAGGAGUUGCUCUAUAAGCCGGACCAGCUUCCGACUAUACCGAUUUUAUACAAGAUGUCCGACUCGGAGAUGGGUGCAACCGGGGACUCGGGCGAUGCUCCUUCGAUCGAUUUGAUGAAGUGGCACAACCAACCCAACUGGGUUGGGAACGUUAGGCCCGCUUUGCCGUCGAAAAACACCGCCGCCUCAAACAAUAUCGCGUCAUCUACGGAGGCCUUCACCUCUGCAAAUAGUAGCGCUGCCAUCCCGAUAUGGUUCGCCAAGUACUUGCAGGAGCUGCGGGAAAACAAGCGGCCCGGUCAAACAGUGAACACGGUGCAAGAGAUUCCACCUUUUGCACAUGCGCCCGGGAAGCUCGGGCAACAGAAACGCGUUGAUAUACCCCCAAAAGUGACAUCCACCGCCCAACCCAGCCAGGAAACUCCGGCCGUUCCCGCGCCGACGGGUUUGCCAAGAUCGACGCCUCUGCCGCGGCUGGCCCCGAUCCAGCCAGCGCCACCAACCAUUACAUUACAGGAACUUGCCCCGGUGGUCUCUGGCACGCCCCAAGAUUUACUCGGCGUCCGAGAUGCCAGGGUCGUCACGUCUGCGUUCUCGGCCGGAUUCGAGCACGGCCUCACGAAUGCCGUGGAGCGGGUUUUCUCGUUUCUCGUCGAAGUGGCUGAAGCCCAGAGUACGAUUAACCCGACGUCCCUGAAGGAAGUGCUCUGCUUGUCGGAUGGAGACGCGGCGGACGCGAGCAAGAGUUCCGAAGUGCCUGGUCGCUGGGCCUCGGCGGUGAAGUCUUGCCUGAGGGAUCGAGGAGACGAGUUCGUGCGGAGCAACCAGAUCCCACUGAUUCAUCUGAAACAGGUGGUGACUAACAAUCCAGAUUUCCGAGAAUGCCAGCGUACCCCUGCCGAGGAGCCCGUCGCGAAACCAAAGGGCCGGAAGACUGCUGCUGCCCCUCGGAGGAAACGUGCCGCGGACACCACGGCGGAACCUAGUCGUGGAAAAGGUUCACGAGGCGGGAAACGCGCCAGGACGGGUGGGAGGGCAGCGAAAACGGCCGCGGGCAAGGGCAAGGGUAAGGGCGGCGCAAGUGCACGUGGUGGUGGUUCCGCCAAUGCGGCUGCCACGGAGACAGUAGAUGAAGUGCCUGAGCCAGCACCAGCUCCCAUCGCUAGCUCUCCCAUCGUCGAUCCCAGCGUUCCGGCCUCCAGCCUGGACGACUCCCUUCUCAACAGCGGCAUGCCCCAGUUUACCCAAGUCCCACCUUAUCCCAACUCCGGUCAAGACCAACAGGUUGAACAGGCCGGUGGCUCGAUUAACGAUUGGCUCUCCAAUUCCAGCACGCAAGCACCACCCGGGCUCCCACUCGGCCAGGAUCCAUCGGUCAUAGCACAGGGCCCUCAUGGAAUGAACGCGGCCGACAUGCAGCUCGACGCAAACAACGCCCCUCUUUCAUUUCGCUGGCGGCGGCUGAGCAGCAGAGAGGAACCGAGGCUCAGUAGGAAGCGCCUCAAGUCUCUCACGGAAUGCCAAGCGCCGUCACCGGACCCCCAGAGGCGGAGUGGAAUCGAGGGGAUGAGCGACGUGGUGAAUGAUAUGCUCACGGGCUUUACCGACGUGCUCGGCGCGGACCACUAUCUCUUGCGCGACCUGAUGGGCAACGGUGAUUUGCAGGCCCCGCCAAAUAGCUCGUUCAACUCGACGCUCGCCGAGAUUGAGGAGCUCGGGGAGAUUGAUUUGACAGGCGUUGAUUUUACGCGGCUCCCGUCUCCUGGUACGCUUGAGAACAUGUUGGUGGAGGAUGGGCUGCCGGGGGAUGAUCGCAUGGUUGUGGAUUUCAUCAAUAGUAUCCGUGAGUGA